UUUUUUUUUCCUCCUCCGAAGUUGAAAGGCAGGAGCAGAGCGGCGGAGGGGACCCAGCUUUUCUUCCUACUGGCCGUUGAUGCAACGUUUUCGUCCCUUUUUGCACCACAUUAUUUAGAUAUUUGUCUCUCGCUCGGUGUGAUAUUUUUUACUCCAUCCUUUCCGUCGCAAUGGCGGGGGCUAUUAUUGAGAAUAUGAGCACCAAAAAGUUGGUGAUAGUGGGAGUUACUCUGCUUUUGUUCCAGGCGUUUGCCUUCAUGGUCGGCGGUUUAAUUGCUCCUAGCCCCACCACGGCAGUCCACUACUUGGCCACUAAGUGUGUGGACACAAUCAAGCACCGCCAGGAAACAAAAUGGUUCAUGCCUUGGGGUCCUAACCAAUGCGAAAAGCUCCGGACCUUUGAUGAGGCCAUGGCUAAGAAGAUUGAGGCCAACAACAUUGUGUUUGCUGUCCACAUUCCUCUGCCUAACAAGGAGAUGAGCCCCUGGUUCCAGUUUAUGCUGGUCAUCCUGCAGUUUGACAUCGCAUUUAAGAUGUACAACCAGAUCGAGGAUGGAGCAUUGGCCACCAUUGAUGUGGGCCUGGCCUACCGAGACGACACAGUCAGCGAGUGGACUGAGAUGGCUCACUCUUUCGAACAGAGGAAGCUUUCCUGCAACUUUACAACUACCAAGACCUACGAGAACGAGGGACGUUACUACGAGUGUGACCUGCUUCCCUUCAUGGAGGUUGGCAGCGUGGCCCAUAAGUACUAUCUUCUCAACAUCCGCCUGCCUGUCAACGAGCGUAAGAAGAUCAAUGUGGGGAUCGGAGAAAUCAAAGACAUUCGUCUUGUUAGCAUCCAUCAGAACGGAGGCUUCACCAAAGUGUGGUUUGCCAUGAAGACAUUCCUCACACCCAGCAUCCUCAUCAUCAUGAUCUGGUACUGGAGAAGGAUCACCCUCAUGAGCAGACCUCCUGUGCUGCUGGAGAAGGUAAUCCUUGCUCUGGGUAUCUCUAUGACAUUCAUCAAUAUCCCAGUGGAGUGGUUCUCCAUUGGCUUCAACUGGACCUGGAUGCUACUUUUUGGAGACAUCCGGCAGGGCAUCUUCUACUCCAUGCUACUCUCCUUCUGGAUCAUCUUCUGUGGGGAGCACCUCAUGGACCAGACGGAAAGGAACCGUUUCUCAGUCUACUGGAAGCAGGUCGGACCAAUCGUGUUUGGUUCCUUCUGUCUCUUUAUCUUUGACAUGUGUGAGAGAGGGGUCCAGCUGACCAACCCGUUUUACAGCAUCUGGGCGUCUGAUGUAGGAACUGAGCUUGCUAUGGCAUUCAUAAUUGUGGCAGGGAUCUGUGCCUGUCUCUACUUCCUCUUCCUCUGCUUCAUGGUUUUUCAAGUCUUCCGCAACAUCAGUGGUAAGAGGACGUCCCUGCCUGCCAUGUCCAAGGCCAGGCGCCUGCACUAUGAGGGUCUGAUUUUCAGGUUCAAGUUCCUCAUGCUGGUCACUCUGACCUGUGCUGCCAUGACUGUCAUCUUCUUUAUCAUAAGUCAGGUGAAUGAGGGCCACUGGCACUGGGGAGAGCACACAGUGCAGGUGAACAGUGCCUUCUUCACGGGCAUCUACGGCAUGUGGAACCUGUAUGUCUUCGCCAUCAUGUUCCUCUACGCACCGUCUCACAAACGCUACGGAGACGCGCAGUCGAGUGGUCAGUGCAUAACUGAAGCAGAACCCCAUUUGGGACUCUCGCCUACUAGCUGAGACAAGGUGGUGGAACGGGAAUCUAACUGAAAACACUUGUGAUCAGGAGAUGCCGGCACAAACAGUGGAGAAGACCUACAGCUUACUACUACUAUCACCCAUGUUGAUGGCCCCACUGAGAUCUACAAGAUGACUGGCAAAGAGGCCCAGGAGUAGAUUUCACUGUAAGACUUUAAGACUCCCCUCCCUCUACCUACUGCUCCAUUGAUCACCUCUCUCAUAUAUGUAAUCAAACAGGCUUUUCUCUUUACAUCCCCUGGCCCUAAAACGGCAUCAACAAUC